GUUAUUGGGGGUGACGCGGCUAAGCUAGCGAGGAAAGCCCCCAUUAUUUGCGUGAGACCGCAUAUUGCCCAGAGCCGGAUGGUCCUAUUGAUUCGGCAACACGGAGUCCGCCAACUUGUAGACGCUGACGCUCCGCAUCGCGCCAAUUUUUACAACUCCAGAUGCCAUCAUCGACCAAUAGCGAAGAUAUUCAAGCUGCCAAGAAAAUGAAGUUCGAGGACAAGUGCGUGUUGAAGUUUGCCAAGCUCACCGAAAAUGCCCUGGAGCCGGUAAGAGGAUCGGCCAAGGCGGCGGGUGUGGACCUGCGGAGCGCCUACGACCUGGUGGUGCCGGCCCGAGGAAAGGCCAUCGUGAAGACCGACCUGCAAGUGCAGGUUCCCGAGGGCUCCUACGGACGAGUGGCUCCGCGAUCAGGGCUGGCCGUGAAGAACUUCAUCGAUGUGGGUGCCGGCGUGGUGGACGAGGACUAUCGCGGCAACCUCGGAGUCGUCCUGUUCAACCACUCGGACGUAGAGUUUGAGGUGAAGCGCGGCGACCGCAUCGCCCAGUUCAUUUGCGAACGCAUCUUCUAUCCGGAACUGCAGUUGGUGGACAAACUGGAGGACACCGAACGUGGCGAGGGAGGAUUCGGGUCCACGGGCGUCAAGGAUUUGCCCGCCGCCAAAGCUCAGAAUGGCAAUGGCCACAAGGCAGCCGAACCGGAGGAGGCUGCCCCCGCUCCCAUUGCCACGUAGAGGAGAAACUAUCUUAAUUUUAAGCACAUCGUAUUAAAGAGAAAAGUGAAAUAAUUCCUAUUUAUUCUCAAUUAAAAGCUGUCAACCUACCAAUGAAAAUCAAA